AUGUCCGUGGCACGAGAAUUGCCCGCGCUUCGGUCGAGCCUGGAGGCUACAGAUAGUAUUGACCCCGAUCAAACUGGCGCAUUAGACUUCAUGUCGUUUCCAGGUCUGAACUUCGACCUUUCCACACCAGUCUUGCCAAAAUGGUAUCCCGAUUCAGAGGUCAGUUCUGAAGACCAAAGUAUCCUGCAAGAGACGCAUCUUCCGUCAUACGAUCUUCUUGUCGAGCUCGUUGAUCUCUUCUUUGAACAUCUCUACCACGUGUUCCCGUGUUUUCAUCAGAAAGUGUUUAUCGAGCAGGUACAAUUAGGCACAACACAAAGUCAAUCGCCAAUUCUGCUCUUCGCGAUAUGCUGUGUCACUGCACGGUUCCAUCUGGACGCAACGGUCAGGCAGCGCGAGAGAGAAUGGUACGAACAGGCAAAAUUUUCGUACCAACUCACACAACGAAACCCGGAUCCUGCUUUACCCACCAUUCAAGCUGCACUUCUAAUCAUAGAGUACGCUUGUACCGCUGGUGACUUUUCGUCAGCUUGGCUCUUCCUCGGGAAAGCGUGGAGACAGGCAAUUGCUCUCGGCAUGAACCGCAUGGAUGCGAGCAGUGCUGUCUCUAUGGAUGGUAGACCCAGAGAAAUCGAUGUCGAUCAUGCUACUAACACAUCAGUCAAAGAUGGAAAGGGUCUGACUGCAGUAGACAAAGAAGAACGACGGCGGACUAUGUGGCUACUCUUCAUUGUGGACCGAUACCAUUCGUGGCCCACUGGCUGGCCGAACGCCCUUCCGGAGACACAUUUCAAGGUCGAUAUACCUGUAGCAGAUUCAUCAUUCCAGGCAAUGGAUCCGUUUACAAAGCAUAGCGUGGCUACUACAACGCCUUUUACUCGCAAACUUAGCCGCUUGAUCACCUCCUCGAAUUCGGCAAACGAACCCGUCAACGUCUUCCGCUACAUCUGCAUCGCCCACGUACUCCUCGGCCGCGUCGCAGAGCUAGUACACUCCUUACACGAUUCUCCAAACACGCCCGAAUACGUAGAAGAAUGUGAAGAACUGGACUCGUACCUUGUGAAGCUCCGCCUAAGCAUUCCUCGCCAAGCUACCUCCGUACUUGAAGCUCAGUCCGCGGAUAGAGGUCUCGUUGUGUGGCUUCAGGUAGUACUAGACACAUCUGCAAUGCUCCUGAAUUACCGUUGCACCAAAAAUGACCCUGCAGCUGAUGCUUCGUCCCGUUUCCUGGUCGCAGUCGCAGCUGCACGCCACACGGCACAGGUCAUCAGAGAUGCCUCGCGAGUUUCAAUCGAACUGCUCAUUACCCCACACAUCGCUUCGUCAUUAUACAUUGCGGCCUUGGUGCUUGUAAUAGAAUGGCGAACCACCGGAGAUGCAAAGCUCAAAGAAGAGAUAGACCUCAUUGCGCUAGUAUUCGAUCGCAUGAAUGAGGCGUUCGCGUACUUGGGACUGAAAUUCAAAUACGCACUCGAGCAUGAUUUGGAAAGGAGUCAAGGGAAGAAGUUGGAAGAGUUGAGAGAACUUGGCUUGAGAGGUCUUUUGGCUGAUUGUUCCAAGUGGUCGCAUAUUAAAGACAAGCUUGUCAAGAACGGUAUACACAUUGAUAUUACUUGA